UACAAACUUCAAAUGAUUGUUUCAGUUUGUUUAUGUUUUUUCUUUAACAAUUACAUUUUUUAUUCACUACUAUGAAAAGAUUCAGUUCAUCUAAGCAAAUAAAAGCGAUAAACAAAUAACAAUGGACGAAUCUGUGGGUGCCCACUAUGCUAUUCAAAUAGCAGUUCAAACUCUACGGGACAGAUGCAAGGCUUUGCAAAAACGAGUAGGUCUCCUCGAAGAGGAGAACAUUAUACUUCGAACAGCAUGUAGCAAGAACGAGGAGACUGAACGUUCCUUAACCGAGUUAGAUAUCCUCAAAGGACAAAUUAGUGAAAUAACUGAACAAAGAGACCAGCUGCAAGAACGUGUUAAAAUGGUUACGAACGAAAAUCAGGACCUUUGGACGAAAUUGGGAAAAUUGAUAAGCGUUAACAAGAAUUUAAACGAGCAAUUUAAUAAAAUUAAUGAGACAUUGAACCGUCAUACUAAUCCUCCAACUCUCAUAAGAUCUAAAACUUUCACCCAGAACAACCCGCUAUUGAAGCACUCGCCUCAAAAGAGCAAUCUUGAAGUGAACGAAAACCUUAGCUUGGAGUUGGAGAAUAUUUCUUUGAAAUUAAUGGACAGCUUCUCGAAGCAAAAACUGGAACUGGAAAAAAUGUGCUCUGAAAUCACAGAAAUGCAAUGUGAUGAUGAAAUUAUUACAGAAAACUAUGGGUUUUGCUUCGAUGAGAGCAUGGAAGAUGACGUUAAUGAAGAAUGUAACGGCGUUUUGGAGAAUUUAAAGGCGCUCCGAGAGGAAGUUCUAUUGCAAAAGAUGGCUCUGACUAAAAGUGUUACACAACUUGAAUGUUUAGCAUCUAUAAAAACAAUUCCUUGUAAAUUAUGUGAUAAAAGAAACAAAUCCAGAGUUGAAAAAACUACUUCGACUGACGAUAUACCGAAAAUCGGAAUGGAUAAAUGUACUGAAACAAAUCAUUCGCCUCAAGGCGAAGAUAGCUCAGUAAAGACGAGUUCGCUGGCACCAGAAAAUAUAGAAAAAAUUUGCCCCAUCUGCAGCCAGCUCUUCAAAAAGGAAGUCAAAUUCGAGGAAUUCCUAAAUCACGUGGAGGGGCAUUUCAUGUUUGAUGGCAGUGACUUUGAAAACGUCUUCAUAAAGUCUGCGAGUGAGUCAAGUUUUGUAGAUUGAAGUUGAAGGAAAGCGUAAUGAAGAUUUUAGAUCUAAUAGUAACAUUCGGAAUUCACUAUAAUUUUUACAUAUUAUUUAGGUUUGUUUAGAUAGAUUAUAAAUUAUGUUAUACUCAAAGUAAGUAAUAUAUUUCUUUAAUGAAACGUGUUUAAUGUAGAUAUUUCGAGAUUUUUGAAUAAGGAUAAAAAUAGGAUAAAAUAGGUAUCAGUUUAUUAGAGAUUGUAAGACAAACAAAAUUACAAGUAAACAACAGACAAUAUCGGUAAAAGAACUACAAAUUUACGUAGAGAGGAAAAGAAAACUUACAAAAAAUUUCUUAUAUUAUUCUUCAGGCUUUUGUAAACAAAUGGCUUAGCUGCAAAAAUACAAAAUUAUCUAAUUACGUUAAUAUUCAUACUAGAAUAAGUUUCUUUUGUUAGCACUUUAGGAUAUAUUUGUUUAUGUUUUUCAAUAAUACUAAAAAAUAAAAUGUAAAAUAAAAAGUAUACCUAACUUAACUUAUUCUUAAUACUUUAAAUAUCAAACGAAUGAUUUUAGUUUUAAAAAUACAUUAAAUAAUAAAAAAACCUACUCUUCAC